CCCCUCCGCCCCCAUCCCUCUUCCUCCCACAUGGACCGGAACCGCGCAGCGCCACGUGACCCGGGAGCUCCGGGGCUAUAACUGAGCAUCUCCCUCACACCGCGUCAUGGCAGCGGAGGAUGCGGCCGCGCGGCCCCGAGCCGGAGCGCUGCGGUCCCGCCUGCUGCUGCUCUGCCUGUGCGCCUGCUCGCUGCUGCCCGCGCCGGCGCUCGGCCUGCUCGGCUUCCGGCCGGAGGAGACCGGCGCGGAGCUGUCCGUGGCGGACGGGGUGCUGAAAGCCACCGAGGGGACCCGCUUCAUGCUGCGGGUCUACUACUCCGUCUCCCCGCAGCGGCUCAACCGCACCGCGGCGACGCGCGCCAACAACGCGGCGCCCUGGAUCGCCUUCAUCGAGGAGCCGAGCCCUGGGCGCGAGGGGCAGGUUCACCCGAAGCGGAACAUGUGCAUGGACAAGAACGCCCGGACGUCCGACAUCGAGGUCCUGGGCUCGUUCAAGUCCGCGUCCAGCCAGAACUCGGUGCUGGUGGAGCUGCUGGCCAAGGACCUGCGGCGGGGCGAGAAGAUCAAGUACUACUCCAUGUGCGCCUUCGACGGGUCCAAGUGGGAACACUACCGGACGCGGGACUUCUGGGUGGCGGUGGCGGAGCGCUCGGCGGCGCCGGAGCUCUGGCUGCAGGUGCUGGUGUCGGUGCUGCUGCUCGGCUUGUCCGCGCUGUUCAGCGGGCUGAACCUGAGCCUGCUGGCGCUGGACCCGGUGGAGCUGCAGGUGCUGCAGAACAGCGGCACAGUCAAGGAGCAGAGCUACGCGCGCAAAAUCGAGUCCGUGCGUCGGCACGGGAACUACGUGCUGUGCACGCUGCUGCUGGGCACCGCGAUCAUCAACGCGUCGCUGGCCGUGUGGAUGUGUCAGAUCCUGGGCAUGACCUGGCUCUCCACGGUCAUCUGCGCCUGCGGCAUCUUCUUCGUCGGGGAGAUCCUGCCGCACUCGGUGGCGUCUCGCCACGGCCUCGCCAUCGCCUCCAAGACCAUCUGGGUGACGCGGCUGCUGAUGGUGCUCUCCUUCCCCGUCUCCUACCCCAUCAGCAAGCUGCUGGACCUCAUCCUCAACCAGGAGAUCUCCAACUUCUACACGCGGGAGAAGCUGCUGGAGAUGCUGCGCGUCAGCGACCCGUACCACGACCUGGUCAAGGAGGAGCUCAACAUCAUCCAGGGCGCGCUGGAGCUGCGCACCAAGACCGUGGAGGACGUGCUGACGCCGCUCGGCGACUGCUUCAUGCUGGCGUCGGACGCGGUGCUCGACUUCAACACCAUGUCGGAGAUCAUGCAGAGCGGCUACACGCGCAUCCCGGUGUUCGUGGACGAGCGCUCCAACAUCGUGGACAUCCUGUUCGUCAAGGACCUGGCGUUCGUGGACCCGGACGACUGCACCUCUCUGAAGACCAUCACGCAGUUCUACAAGCACCCGCUGCACUGCGUCUUCCACGACACCAAGCUGGACGCCAUGCUGGAGGAGUUCAAGAAAGGGAAGUCUCACCUGGCCAUCGUGCAGCGGGUGAACAACGAGGGCGAGGGAGACCCCUUCUACGAGGUGAUGGGCAUCGUCACGCUGGAGGACGUCAUCGAGGAAAUCAUCAAGUCCGAGAUCCUGGACGAGACCGACCUCUACACUGAUAAUCGCACCAAGCGACGGGUUUCUCACCACGAGCGGAAGCAGCAGGACUUCUCCAUCUUCAAACUGUCGGAGAACGAGAUGAAGGUGAAGAUCUCUCCUCAGCUGCUGCUGGCGACGCACCGCUUCCUCUCCACAGAGGUGGAGCCCUUCAGACCGGCUCACAUCUCGGAGAAGAUCCUGCUGCGGCUGAUCAAACACCCCAGCGUGGUGCAGGACCUCAAGUUCGACGAGAGGAACAAGCGAGCGCAGCAGCACUUCUUGUUCCAGCGCAACAAGCCGGCGGACCACUUCAUCCUGGUGCUGCAGGGUCGAGUGGAGGUGGAGUUCGGUAAGGAGGCGCUCAGGUUUGAGAACGGAGCCUUCUCUCACUUCGGGGUUCCUGCCAUCAUGCCGACAGUCCACAGAUCCCCGUCCCGCAGCAGCGGUUUGGACCGCUCCGAGACCAUGCUGUACGGGGGAAGCAUGGGGCAGCUGAACGGAGGGGGGAGCGUCUACCUGCCCGACUACUCUGUCAGACAGCUCACACACCUUCAGGUCAUCAAGAUCACCCGGAGCCACUACCAGAAUGCCCUGACGGCCACCAGGAUGGACAGUUCGCCUCAGACGCCCGAUGCCGACGCUCGACUGGGCAACACCCCGACCCCGGAGCCGCCGCCUCCUCCGACAGAGCACGGCGCCGCCACCCUGAUGCCGCCGACCGCCACCCUCAUGCCGCCGCCCAGGGACCACGGCCGGCCCGGCUCGGCGAGAACCCAUGGAGCUCAGUCCAGCAUCCCGCACAGCACGUCCCUGCUGAACGAGAAGAACCGCAUCGUCCGGAGUAAAUCGGACGGACAGAAGAGUCCCAGCGACUCUGUGUUUCUCAGGAUGGAUGAGAUCCCCUACAUCCGAGAGGACACACAGACUGACACGGCCUCCGUUCCCAUGGAAACGGACACGUCGCCUUUCAUCAGCAGCCUGUCGCUGAGCGGCUCUGAGGAAACACUGGGCAAGAAACUGCUGCUCAAACUCAGCCACAAGAAGAGGAAAAAAUCCCGCGAAGGAGACAGAACGCCGGAGGACAUUUCCGAGCAGCCGCUGGUCAAAACCUAGCAGAGCGUCCGUACGACGCGGACCCCCGACUCCACCAGCGUCGUUCGUGGAGACGACGCUGGUGGGUUAGAACUACAGAUGUUCAGAGUUUUAUCUGAGAACAAACUCCACAACGAAGGAGACGCAAGUGGACCCAUCACCAGGACUGGAAUAACCACUGGACUAAAGGGAGGUUGCAGCUUCUGGUAUUAAACUGUGGCCUCUCAUCUGACGCUCGUACGAGAACCACUGACAGAGAAUGUAGAUGAUUUGAAUGAGUUUUGAGUUUUUAAAAAAAAUAUACGUUAUACACCCUGCUCACGCACGAUCACGUUUCCAAGGAAACGGACGGACUGUACACACCUCUAAUUAAAAUCUAGUCCUACCAUUGGUUGGUGUGGAGAAAAAUUCACACUUUUAUUGAUCUCCAAUCAAGUAUUUGACCGUAAAUCCAGAUUGUGUCUGGGUGUCCGUUUUUAAAAACUUUUGUCACUGUUGAAAAUAUUGCCAAAAGUGAGUGGACGUGCACGUUUUGGCUGGUUUAGGCCCGUUAGCUCCAAUAAAGAUCCUUUUUUUUUUUUAGCGCGACAGCACAUCGUGCAUGUUGUAGCAUCGUUGGGAUGACGUUUUAGCAUGUGGCGACAGUUCGGGGGGAAGCAGCCUUUCCUUUUUCAACGUGGCGUCCGUAAAGAACCGUUUUUUUCACACCCGUUUACUCACCGAUUCAGAAGAAAACGUUGUGGCACCAAACCUCGUUCCUUCCAUCUUCGCCAAAGAGCUGCAUUCUCCGGCGGCGGGCGCCUGCAUCAAAGUCGACUCCGGCAUUGCGUCCGGUUCCAUCCCAUUUGGAGUUAGCAUGCUAAUCAGCUAGCCUGUCUUGUCCCAAAAAUGUCUGAAGCUCUUAUUGGCGAGCGACCAUCACCAACGCCGUCGCUACCAUGUUAGUUGGCGGCGGAGAAAGCGUACGAACAGCGCCUUUAAAGAAACAGUCCAACAUGUUUUGUGAGGUUCGCUCAUUCCCCUUCUUGCCGAGGAUGACCUGAGAAGAUCGACACCCCACUCAUGUCCGUGAGCAGGAACUAAGGCCUAAUUAGCCUAGCUUAGCAUUGAAAAGUUUGCCAAACAAGUUUACCAUUUCACAAGUUUCUGUUUUUCCGUUUACCAUUAGUAUUUUUUGAAAGUUAGCAUGAAGGUUUUAGGGCCAACUUGGCCAACGCGAGAGCGGUACCGGUCCUCUGUGCUACCUCCUUCACUCCACAGCAUCUAAUUACAUCAUCGACUCAUCAUACGAUACGUGGAUAUGAGCUCAAUCACGUUUGACCUCAGUAACAGCCGGUGUGUCUACAUGCGUGUUUGUUGAAAUAAGAAUGAAUGUGUCAACAACAGUCCAGCAAAGUCUCGCUGCUUCUGUGCUCUGAUUGAUUAAUCAAUUACUGGUUUGGUCUAUGAAAUGUCAGGAAAUUGGGAUUUCUUGGUAUUUUUCCGAAGGCACCAUGUCUUCAAUUGUCACUUAUAAUGACGAUAACGUCGUUUAUCGCAAUCAUUUUCUGGCACAAAAUAUCGGGCAACAAAAAGAAGUCAUCGUGACGAGGCCUACAGCGUCUCCGGUGAUUCCCAAACUCGACAUAUCAACAAGUAUGAGCGUGACGCGAUGCAGUCGAAACUCCCCAACGUCCGACGGCGGUGAUGGCGAAGGUGGUUGGACUCUGCAGUUGUAGGACUGAAAGAGAGAACGUCAGAUUUAUUCAGAGAUCGCUCGCUGAAGCCCGAUCUGGAAGAGCACUGCAUAGAAAUGGAGAAGCAGGAAGUCCCAAUAGAAGGGAAGGUGAGCAGGGAAAAUGUGUUCUUUAUUGAACUCUUUCCACCAACAUCUCCCCUUGUCUUCGCCACUUUUAAAGAUAUUAAAUAUACGACAGUUUUAGAUGGAGCAUGAGUUUAAAAUCUCCAACUAUCCACUGCACUACAUAUUUCCUCUGCUGCCCCCUGGUGGCGCGGAGCUUCAGUGCAAACUGAGCCUUAUCUGUAGCGUCAUGCCACGCGAAGUCGCCGUGUUUGUGGCUUGUCCUUUCUUUUGUUUAUGAUUUUGUAUGAGAGCAAUACUGGAAGACUGACCCUCCGUAGUCUGGAUGAGAAAUACAACGAGUUAAUUGACAAAAACAUCAUGGUGUAAUAUUUUGUACUAUAUUUAGAUGAAAUAAGUUACUCUGGAUGUAUAUUUUUUCCAAGAACAAUAGAGGGAAAAAAAUAUGGCUUUUAUGAGUUUUGAGUUGCUGUUCAUGAUUCAUGUUACCUCCACUUGGAUAUCAAAGUUACAAAGUACAGAAUUAAUUUUUUUCGGAGCAUUGAACAUUGAGGAAGUCGUCUUGCUGCCAUCUCACUCACUUCCUGCACUCACUCACAUGCAGAGCGCAGCCUGAACGAGCUGGAAGGAGUUCUGUUUUUCUGGAGUUUUAAUUAAAAAAAAAUUAUAUUUAACGUGUUUGUGCAAAUUUAAUCAAAGAUUUGAAAAAAAAAAAAGUGUAUUUGACGACCAUAUCUGGAAAAAGUCACAUCACUAGAACCAGCACAGGUUUUGACUUCGGGGUAAUAACUUAUCACGCUGAUGGAAUAUUAUCUCCAGUCACGCUAUGUGCUGGAUAGCUCUGCACCGUCCCCUCUGCUCGGUGCUGGGGGGACCGGUGGGCGUGGCUCCGGCCUACUGCGUUUGCAGGAUCAGAUUUGUGCCAUUGCAGCAGAGGCAAUGGGAGGGGAGGGUGGGAGGAGGAGGAGAGGAGGUGGGAGGUAACAUGGAAGGAUGACAGGUCUAAAGUUUGUCACUGGCCCUUUUAUUUUGAAAAGACGAGUCAAGAUGAGCAGUGUGACUGUGGGUUUGUGUGGAAAUGUGUUUAUUUCAUUAUUACGAUGAUGUUGGGUCACAUGCGUUAAAGAUGCUGCACUUGUCACAGGAGUAUUUUUUACAGGUCUCGACACGUCUGAAUGUUUAAAGUUUAUAUGUAUUGGAAAUUUUAAUGAUCCCAUCGGAUGAUGAAUUCUGGCAUGGACUGAUCAGGCUUUUCUCACACACCC